GUGUGGGCGGAACGGAAGUCGUGACGCAGUUGUCCAGCGCGCGUUUUUCACGAGGAAGUGACCGGGAGUUUUAUUUUCGUAAUAAAUGAAAUAUUUCUGACAGAUUCUCGCGAUGUCUCAGAGGAAGAAGUCUCAGAGCAAAGUCCAGAGGUUGAUGCACGAGGAUGAUGAUAAUGAUGAAGAUGUCACCGUAAGUCAAAUAACAUCAACACAAGCGCAGAGAGCUCGUGAGAACUUCACUUCAGAUCAAAUCGACCGUAAGGUUGCAGAAGUUGUCCAGUUCAUCUUGGUUAAGGACCAGAAAAAAAUACCAGUUCGAAGAGCAGAUAUUGUCAAACAUGUGAUGAAGGAAUAUAAACCCAUCUAUUCAGAGGUUAUCAACCGAGUGUGUCGUACAUUUGAUCAGGUGUAUGGAUUUAAGCUGAUGGAGAUUGAUCCCAAGAAUCACAUUUACAUCCUGAUAAAUAAGCUGGAGUUUGUUCCUGGCAUGUGUCCUGGAAAGCCAAAGACCGGCCUUCUGUUUGUCAUCCUCAGCGUCAUCUUUAUGAAGGGAGGUGUUGUCAAAGAGAAUUUGGUGUGGAACACACUGAAGAAACUGGGAGUGGAUGCAGGGGAGAAGCACGAGGAGUUUGGUGAUGUGAAGAAGUUGGUCACAGAAGAGUUUGUGAGGCAGAAAUAUCUGGAGUACGUGAAGAUUCCUCACACUGAGCCGGUGGAGUUUGAGAUUCGCUGGGGUUUGCGUGCCGAGCACGAGACGUCUAAACUCAAGCUGCUGGAGUUUGUCGCUGAGCUUCAUGAUCAGGAUCCUCAGAGCUGGAGUCAACAGUUCAAAGAAGCCAACGCUGCUGCUGAGAGUAGCCAAAGAUCAUAAACAGACCCGUCACCUUCGGCUUCAAUCAACACAUGCCUUGUGGAAUGCUUUUGUUUUCAUAUGUGGAAGUGCAGAAACUUCUUCAGUAGUAGAGUUGUGUUGUUCUAUUUAUUGUUUGUAAUAAAAAUAAAGUUGUUUUACAAUA